CUCAAAAUGAAGGGCUUUAAGUGCUACGCCCCUUUCGCCCUAUAAAAGUCUCCUAAACCAACUUUUCAUUCGUUACCUAGCAAAAACCCUAAGCAGCAGCCGGUGCAGGUCCUUCCCUUCUCUCCCCAGGAAACAACAUCUCCGCCACUAGCAGCCAUGACAUUCAAGCGUAGGAACGGUGGCCGUAACAAGCACGGGCGGGGACACGUCAAGUUCAUCCGCUGUUCCAACUGCGGCAAAUGCUGCCCUAAGGACAAAGCAAUCAAGAGAUUUCUUGUGAGAAACAUUGUCGAGCAAGCUGCUGUGAGGGAUGUCCAGGAUUCCUGCGUUUAUGAUGGAUAUGUCCUUCCCAAGCUGUACGUGAAGAUGCAGUACUGCGUUUCAUGUGCCAUUCACUCCAGGGUCGUGAGGGUUCGCUCUCGCACUGAGCGCAGGAACCGGGAGCCACCACAGCGUUUCCUUAGGCGCAGGGAUGACUUGCCAAAGCCUGGACAGCCUGGUCAGCCUGGUCAAGGAAUUCGUCCUGCAGGGACUGGGACUGCUGCUAGAGCUUAAGAAUUCAAUUUAUUCUGUUUGAUGUUUGUUAUGAAGUUGCAACUGGAAUUUUCAGAGGAAUGUUUUGAAAUUUCACUCUUUAAUUUGGACCCGCUAGUCCUUUUAAGGAUCAUAUAUGUUUAAGAUGUCGAAAGGUUUUGGUUGAUGAGAAUGCACUUUGGAAUCACUGGAUUUUCUGCUUUA